AUGCCGAGAUGGUGCUCCUGGGGGAGCAUCAGCUCCAGCCCAGUACUGCCCAUUCACAGAUGCUCCCUGGCAGGGUUCUGUUGUCUCAUGCACAGUGCUUUGUUAAUAAUUCUGGUUAAUUGUAUGAAGUCCUUGCCCUGCCGUGGAGCCAAGGGACGGCGAGGGGCGGUGGAGCAGAAGGGAACGGGCUUUGUCCCCCGCCCAGCCCGGGGGCGGUGCGGCACAGCCGGAGCUCCCAGCGCGGCCACCGGCACAGCCCUCGCUGCUCAUCCGGAGUUCGCUGGUGCGGGGCAGAGCCAUCGUUCCGCGGGGCUCGCAGGCUCCGCUGCCAUGCGGGGCCCGCUGCUCUGGGCGGUUUGGCUGCUGGCCACCGGCUGCCUGGUGGGUGCCACGGGCAGCUGCCGGCACCGCUGCUGCUCCGGCAGGAACAACGCCUGCUGGGCCCCCGGCACCCGCCGGGCUCUCUGCUACUGCGACUCGUACUGCCAGAGGACGGGGGACUGCUGCCAGGACUACCUCGCCACGUGCCGCCGUGCCGCGGUGGGCUGUGCUGUGGGGCCCUGGGGGCCGUGGAGCGGGUGCAGCUCCCCGUGCGGGGUUGGCAGCAGGGCCCGCAGCCGCCAGGUCACUGUCCCGCCCCGGCACGGAGGGGAUCCCUGUCCCGACCUCAAGCAGCGCCGCGGCUGCCUGGGGCAGCACCCGACCUGCGGGACGGCCAAAGCUGCUCUUCUGCCAGAGGUAGCCAAGAUACUGCCCAGCUCCUUCAGCCAGGACUUGAGAGAUCCCUGGCAAAGAGCUGGGCUGCUGCUGCCGGAGGAGCCCUCUGGCUCCCCCCUCCCCAGCUACUGCGGCUAUUUCCGCCUGACGCAGGUGGGGCCCCCGUGCCGUGGGCAAGCCUGGAGCCGCCGCCUGCACCGGGACAAGCAGGUGUGUGUGGAAUGCUGGGGGAAUCUGUCCCAGCGCCGUCCCCACUGCACUGGACACGGGCUGCAAGGAGCCAGGACAUUUUGGGUGGCUGCUUCUGUGGUAGGGUGCCAGGGCUCGUGGGUGCAGGAGGGCCUGCAGGAGGGCUGUGUCUGCUCCCCACCAGCUCUCAUCUUCGUGUAGGAUCCCCCUGGGAAGGUGAGCUGAGCCUCCCCAUGGCACCACUCCUUGCUGGGGAGGUGGGGAAUGGAAUAAAAAUGUGGUCUCUUUCAUAACUUCACCCUUCUGCAGGUUUGCUGCUCACCCUUGGAGCCAGCUCCCUCUGUUGUCCAUUAAAUAUUUUGUUGAAGAAUGGAAAAACCCUUCUUAUAAAGAUUAAAAAUAAGGGAAUUGCUAAAGUGUGGUGAUUAAUGGUAGAACAACAGCACAAUGAGGUUAAGUCUGGGUCAGAAGAUGAUGCAGUGGUGACGUGUGUGAUGAUGUCACGCUCAGCCAUGACAUCACACUUUCAGGGAGCUGCGGCCGGCAAGACACGUGAGGAUGGAGGCAGCGUCCUUCCUCUUGUCUGAACUCAUUCACUGCAGUACCAGGUGAGCCUUGCAGGGCAGUUCAGCUGCCUGCUGGUCUUUGCAGAGAGAAAUUAAACAGACACCCAAAGUCUGCACGUGGGCAAUGGUGCCGGUGGUCCAGUUCCAGCCAUGGGGCUCAGCAGCCCCCGCUGGAAGGAAUGAGGCUGGGCUGGGUGUGCUGCUGCCCUUCCCCACUCCUCACCCAGCACGACAUGACCUUGCUGAUGGGGUCCCUACUCCAGCUUUGGGUUGUGGUACCACAGCCCAGGGUGGGAGCGUGUGCCAUGCCAGGGCUGGAUCUUGCUCCACUGCAGCCAGUGGCUGUUGCCUGUUUGCUGCCCCAGGACGUGUUUGGCGCCUGCAGCCCACUCGCACACCACCCUCCUGGGCAGGCAAAUUAAAAGGCUUCAACACUG